AUGGAAACCGACGAAGUACCAAAACCAAAGAAAGCACCCUACAAAUCAAAAAGAUACUUCCUAAGUUCAUUGAAUACUUACUUUGGUUAUCAAUUAGUACAACUAUGUACUCAUUUAGAUUUAAUAACUUCGCAAUGACAAUGAGCAUCCUGAAGAUCCAAAUCUUAUUGUAGGCACCACAAUCUUAUAAAACAAAUAUCCAUUACAUCCAGCAGUUAGAAAAGUGAUUGAUGUAUCAUUAUCAUUCAAUAUCAAAAUAGCCAUCUAAAAUGUCAUUCUUAGAAAAAGUCAUCUUAGAUAGUGAUGUAAUAGUUUAUGACAUUAAUACAUGUGAUCAUAGUGAAUGUGAAUAUGCCAUUAAAACAUUAAAACUGGGUUCUUAUGAUUAAGAAAAAAUUUUGAUUCUUGUUUCAUCUGUAAUGGCAUGGUCUGCAACAGAUCCAAAAGAAAAGAAAGCUGGAGAAGAAGAUGAAGAUGGUGGUUAUCCUCCAGAAUCAGGAGAAGAAGAAGGCAAACCAUAAGAGGAUGCUGAAGAUGCUCCUCCUAAAAAAGAAUAUACACGUUUUAAUGAAACUGAUUAUCCUAAGAGAAAGGCUUUACCUUAAUAUGAGAGUUUAUGCUCUCUAGAAAGUUUAUGCUUAAGUAUUAAUAGACCUAAUUUAAAAACAUUUAUUCUUUGUGCAGGUAUAUUGUAUGGAAUGGGAGAAGAUCACUUUUAUACUAAAUUUAAAGGGGCUUGGUUAUAAAAUACAAUUACAUUUUAUAAUAGAAAUAAAGUACCAUGCAUUCAUGUCAAAGAUUUAGCUUUAUUUGUAUAAAAGUUGGUUGAAAAACCAGUUAAUUAAAAAUAUAUCUUUGCUAUUGAUCACAAUCAAAAUCCCUCUCAUAAAGCUAUUAUUGAUUCUAUAUCAAAAGGUGUUGGAAAUUAAAAAAUAUAGUAAUCUGAUGUGGCUAUUCCAGAAUUUUAAAUUGAUCUUCGUAUGAAACCAACUAAAGUAUUUGAUGCUUUUCUUGAAGAAUAAGGAGAUCAAGGGGAUGAAGAAUAAGCAGUUGAUAAAUUUACAUUUAAUUGGUGGUGUAAAGAAGGUAUAAGAGCUAAUAUAGCAAAGAUAAGAUAAGAAUUUGUUGAUUAUCAUAACUUAAAACCAAUUCGUAUUGCAAUUACAGGUCCACCUGGAAUUGGGAAAAGUACUAUUGCAAAUUAAAUAUCUACAUAUUUUAGUAUUCCUCAUAUUACCAUCAAAGAAUUGAUAUAGGAAUAUUUAAAUUAAACUAGUGAAGAAGUUGAAUCAUUAAAGGCAAAUUUAGAAGAGAAUAGAAAUUAAUUAGUUGAAGAAGCAAAAGCACAAUAUGAUAUUUAAAGAGAGAAAAGAAAAUAAUUAAAACAACCUUACAUUCCAUUUGAUGAUAGUAAAAUUGAAGCAAGAUUAACAGAUGAAUAAUUGAUUACUAUAUAUAAAUGGAGAUUGAUGUAGAAUGAUUGUUAGAAUAGAGGUUUUAUUUUGGAUAAUUAUCCAAAGACAUAUGCAUAGGCAAAAUAACUAUUCUAUAAUAUUGAAGGAGAAGGAGAAGAAUAAAAAGUAACUCUUAAUAAAUUAAUAUUACCUGAACAUUUUAUUGUACUUAGUGGUAGUGAUGAAUAAAUAAUUGACAGGAUUAAAUUCUCAAAAACUCAUAAAUAUGAUGAAGAAGUACUUCUUAAAAGAUUAAAGAAUUAUAAAAUACUUAAUACAAAAAAGGGAUAUACAAUUUUGAUUGAUUUUUAUAAGGAAUUAAAAGUGGAUAUAUGUGAGAUUUCAGUAUUCAAUAAAUAAACUAAUAUUUAAGAUACAUGUAGAAGUUUUAUUGAAAGGGUAUUUUUUAAUUUCUUAUUUUAGAAUGGAAAGUAUAAGAAUUAUAAACAUAUUGAAUAGGAUUUAGAAGAGAAUAGGUUGAAAGAGAAGAAAGAAUAAUUAUUGAAGUAAUAAGAACAACAUUAAAAAUUGAAAGAGUUAAGAGAUAAGAAAGAAGAUGAAUUGUGGAAGAUUUAAGAGGAAGAAUAUAGGAUCAAAUAGGAACAUAGUGUUAAUUAUGAGAAAGAAUUACUUGAAUCAAGAUCUCUUCCAUUAAGGUAUAAGAUAUAUGAUUUAAUAAAAUAGAUAAUAUUUGAAUGAUAAUGUAGUACCAUUUAUUACAGAAGGUUUAGUAGAGAUUGUAAAAUAGAAUCCAGAAAAUGUGAUAGACUUCUUGUCUGAAUUCUUGUUUAAGAGAUCAUUACAAGUUAGAUUCCCAGAUCCCAAAUUGUAUUUUGAGAAUUCUGAGUGA